AUGGCCACUCCGCAACCUCCACUCCGCUUCACCUCCCACAGACAUUUCACUCUCCGCCUCGUACUCUCAACCCUAACAGGUCGCUCCGUGCAUAUCUCUAAAAUACGACCCUCGGACCCCAUCCACACUGGUCUAGCUCCCCAUGAAAUCUCAUUUCUACGCCUCCUCGAAGCUGUCACCAAUGGCUCGCAUAUGGAGAUUUCGUACACUGGUACAAUAGUCCUCUAUAAACCGGGGCUCAUUACAGGAAGUGCCCCCGGAUCCGGCGCAAGUGGAGGCGUCAUAAAACAUGAGAUUCCGUCGAAUUGUGCCCGUGGCAUCAGCUACUUCCUGCUACCAAUGUGCCUUCUCGCUCCCUUCUCCAAAGCCCAGUUCAAUAUCCUCUUCACGGGCCCCGGUGUCAUCACCUCCGCAACCCCAACCGGUGACAUGUCCAUCGAUAGUGUAAGAACCGCUAUACUCCCGCUAUUUUCCCAAUUUGGUAUUUUAAACAAUAUUGAACUGCGCGUCCUGCGACGGUCAAACCCUGGACCAAAUGGGAGAGGUGGAGGAGGAGAGAUUCAGCUUGUCUUCGGUCACCAGGUUCGACUCCCGAAGACAAUACACCUCUUAAACCCUGGUAGAAUAAAGAAAAUACGAGGUGUAGCAUAUGCCAUAGGUGUAUCUGGUUCUCAUAACGCAAGAAUGAUCGAAGCCGCCCGAGGAAUCCUGAAUCCCCUUUGUCCGGACACCUAUGUGUUUUCAGAUGUCUCGUCAGCUCCAUUGGUACCUGCCCCAACCAGAGAUAACACAUCGAACAAAAAGAAGAUCGGAAUUGGUUUUGGGCUGUCUUUGGUUGCCGAAUCAUCAACAGGUUGCCUGUUCUCCGCUGACGUAGCGUCCUUACCCACCGGGGGAGAACCUCCUGAGGAUAUCGGGAAACGAUGUGCUUACCAACUCCUGGAGACCGUCUCAGUGGGUGGAUGUGUCUCUCGAGCUGCGGCCCCAAUGAUGAUAACACUCAUGGCGAUGGGCUCUGAGGAUGUGGGACGACUGCAGGUUGGAAGGCAUGUCAUUGCCGAUGAAUCCAUGAUCCAGUUCGUGAGGGACCUGAAUAAAUUCGGUUCUCCUGGAUUGGGAAUUAGGGACGCGCCCGGAGAAAAGGAAACGGGAGAUGUUGUGAUCAGCGUUGUUGGCAGAGGGAUAGGCAAUGUCGGCAGGAAGAUCGCUUGA